AUGAGCAAGGAUUCCUGUUCUACCUGGGGUGGAGGGCACUUUUCAACCUUUGAUAAAUACCAGUAUGACUUCACUGGGACCUGCAACUAUAUCUUUGCAACUGUAUGCGAUGAAUCCAGCCCAGACUUCAACGUUCAGUUCCGCCGUGGGCUGGACAAAAAGAUUGCGAGGAUCAUUAUUGAGCUGGGACCUUCUGUCAUCAUUGUUGAGAAAGACAGCAUUUCUGUCAGGAGUGUUGGUGUCAUUAAGUUGCCUUAUGCUAGCAACGGAAUUCAAAUAGCCCCUUACGGCCGCAGCAUCCGCCUCGUGGCCAAGCUGAUGGAGAUGGAGCUCGUUGUCAUGUGGAACAAUGAGGACUAUCUCAUGGUUUUGACUGAAAAAAAGUAUAUGGGAAAAACCUGUGGAAUGUGUGGAAAUUAUGAUGGUUAUGAACUAAAUGACUUUGUGAGUGAAGGUAAAUUGCUGGAUGCAUACAAAUUUGCUGCAUUACAAAAAAUGGAUGAUCCAUCAGAGAUCUGCCUGUCUGAGGAGAUACCAAUCCCUACCAUUCCUCACAAAAAAUACGCCAUGAUCUGCUCUCAGCUAUUUAACCUGGUGUCACCAACCUGCAGUGUGCCAAAGGAUGGGUUUGUCAUUCGUUGUCAGCUUGAUAUGCAGGACUGCAGUGAGCCAGGACAGAAGAAUUGUACUUGCUCUACGCUGUCAGAGUAUUCAAGGCAAUGUGCUAUGUCCCAUCAAGUGGUGCUCAACUGGAGGACUGAAAACUUCUGCUCUGUGGGAAAAUGUUCUGCUAACCAGAUCUAUGAAGAAUGUGGUUCUCCGUGUAUUAAAACUUGUUCCAACCCAGAAUACAGCUGUUCCAGUCACUGUACCUAUGGCUGCUUUUGUCCAGAAGGAACUGUUCUUGAUGACAUCUCAAAGAAUCGAACAUGUGUUCACCUUAAUCAGUGCCCAUGUAUGCUGAAUGGGGAAACAUACGCUCCUGGUGAGACAAUGAAAGCAGCGUGUAGGACGUGUAAAUGUACAAUGGGUCAAUGGAAUUGCAAAGACUUGCCCUGCCCUGGAAGGUGUUCACUGGAAGGAGGCUCCUUUGUUACCACAUUUGAUUCUAGAUCAUACAGGUUCCAUGGAGUUUGCACUUAUAUUCUUAUGAAGAGUUCAAGCCUUCCAAACAAUGGAACCCUAAUGGCUGUAUAUGAAAAGUCUGGUUAUUCUCAUUCUGAAACAUCACUUAGUGCUAUAAUUUACCUGUCUACGAAGGACAAAAUUGUGAUUUCUCAGAAUGAACUCCUUACUGAUGAUGAUGAACUUAAACGUCUACCUUACAGAUCAGGAGACAUCACUAUUUUCAAACAGUCCUCGAUGUUCAUUCAAAUACAUACAGUGUUUGAUCUGGAAGUUCUAGUUCAAACAUCACCUGUGUUCCAGGCCUAUGUGAAAGUUGGAUCACAGUUCAAAGGCAGAACCCUGGGUUUGUGUGGCAAUUACAAUGGAGACACUACAGAUGACUUCAUGACUAGCAUGGAUAUCACUGAAGGAACAGCUUCGCUGUUUGUAGAUUCCUGGAGGGCAGGAAAUUGCAAUCCUGCUUUAGAGAGAGAGACUGACCCUUGUGCUUUGAGUCAACUGAACAAAAUAUCUGCUGAGACUCAUUGCUCCAUUCUUACGAAGAAAGGUACAGUGUUUGAGAAGUGCCAUACUGUGGUGAACCCCAUUCCUUUCUACAAGAGAUGCGUCUACCAAGCCUGUAAUUACGAAGAGACCUUCCCUUAUAUUUGUUCUGCUCUGGGAUCAUAUGCACGAACAUGCAGUUCAAUGGGUUUAAUCCUUGAAAACUGGAGAGACAGUAUGGACAAUUGCACCAUUCCCUGUACAGGCAAUCAAACAUUCAGUUACAACACUCAGGCAUGCGACAGGACAUGCUUGUCACUCUCCUACCGAGCCCUGGAAUGUCAUCCAACUGACAUCCCUAUUGAAGGCUGCCAUUGUCCUAAAGGAACGUAUCUGAACCACAAGAACGAGUGUGUUCGUAAAUCUCACUGUCCCUGUUAUUUAGAAGAUAGGAAGUACAUCCUACCUGAUCAGUCAACAAUGAGUGGUGGGAUUACCUGCUACUGUGUUAAUGGGAGGCUCAGUUGCACUGGCAAACCUCAAAAUCCUGCAGAAAGCUGCAGAGCUCCUAAGAAAUAUAUAUCAUGUUCUGACAACUUAGAAAACAAGUAUGGAGCCACAUGUGCCCCUACCUGUCAGAUGCUAGCUACUGGAAUCGAAUGUAUACCUACUAAAUGCGAAUCAGGCUGUGUCUGCGCUGAUGGGCUAUAUGAAAAUCUUGAUGGCAGGUGUGUUCCAGCUGAGGAUUGUCCUUGUGAAUAUGGUGGCCUUGCAUAUGGAAAAGGUGAACAGAUCCAAACUGAGUGUGAAAUCUGCACUUGCAGGAAAGGCAAAUGGAAAUGCGUUCAGAAAUCAAAGUGUUCCUCAACGUGUAAUCUUUAUGGAGAAGGCCACAUCACUACUUUUGAUGGACAGCGUUUUGUUUUUGACGGCAACUGUGAAUACAUAUUAGCUAUGGAUGGCUGCAGUGUUAAUAGACCUCAUUCCUCUUUUAAAAUUGUUACUGAGAAUGUCAUCUGUGGGAAAUCAGGGGUUACAUGCUCUAGAUCCAUCAGCAUUUACCUUGGGAACUUAACACUUGUACUGCGAGAUGAAACCUUCUCUAUUUCCGGGGAAAAUCCUUUAGUGCGAUACAACGUGAAAAAGAAUGCUCUCCACCUGAUGUUUGAUAUUGUUAUCCCAGGAAAAUACAACAUGACCCUUAUCUGGAAUAAGCACAUGAACUUCUUCAUCAAGAUCUCCAGGGAAACACAGGAAACUAUCUGUGGUUUGUGUGGGAACUAUAAUGGCAAUAUGAAAGAUGAUUUUGAAACCCGAAGCAAGUAUGUGGCAUCAAACGAGUUGGAAUUUGUGAAUUCUUGGAAAGAGAAUCCUCUCUGUGGGGAUGUAUACUUUGUAGUGGACCCAUGUAGCAAGAACCCUUACCGUAAAGCUUGGGCAGAAAAGACAUGUUCCAUCAUCAACAGCCAAGUCUUUUCUGCCUGUCACAAUAAGGUGAAUCGUAUGCCCUAUUAUGAGGCCUGCGUUCGAGACUCAUGUGGUUGUGACAUUGGAGGGGAUUGUGAAUGCAUGUGUGAUGCCAUUGCGGUAUAUGCGAUGGCUUGCUUAGAUAAAGGUAUCUGCAUUGACUGGAGGACCCCUGAGUUUUGCCCUGUCUAUUGUGAGUAUUACAAUUCUCAUAAAAAUUCAGGAAGUGGAGGUGCUUUAUCCUAUGCCUACAACAAUGACAACUGCACCUGGCAUUACAGGCCCUGUAAUUGUCCAAACCAAAACUACAAAUAUGUCAACAUUGAAGGCUGUUACAACUGCUCUCAUGAUGAAUAUUUUGACUAUGAGAAGGAAAAAUGCAUGCCAUGUGGUAAAAGCUCUACUGCAGUCACAUCACCCGCAACUAUCCUACCAACAUCACCUGCUAUUACCUCUUCUGCAUCUACUGUAUCAACUGAGACCACAAAUCCAACAAUAACCUCAAAAAUCACCAUUCCAAGAACUUCAUCAGCAACACCUCUUGUCACAAUAAAGUCAACAACUGAACAUACAACAUUGGUUUUUACUACGCCAAGUAUGACCACAACUGUCACUACACCCUCCAUAACUACCUCAACAAAAAGGACCACGUCCAUUAAGCCAAUAUCUACACCUACUGCCUCAUUAACCACUGCUUCAACAGAGAUGGAAAAAGUAAGGGUCACCACACCACUCUUCGAGACCCCUACCAAAAAGGAAAUGACAACCACCUCUAUGCCUUCUCAUAUUACAUCUCAGAUUGCAACUUCCAGUCAGCCUGAACUAACAACAAGAGUGAGGGAACUGAAGCAACCACUCUACACCACCAAGUCUCAGUAG